AUGGGUUGUAAGUGGCUUCUGGUAUUGUUUGUGAUGAAGCUGGUUUGUUUGGUUAAGGGGUGCUGGGAUGAAGAGAGAACUGCCCUUCUUCAACUUAAACCUUUUUUCAAUUAUUAUAAUUCUGAUAACAAAAUUUUCAAGCUUUACAAUUGGGUGGAGAAUUCAAACUGUUGUAAAUGGGAAGCGGUUGCGUGCGACAGCACUGGUAGAGUCAUUGAACUCACUCUUUUUGGAGGAAGUUAUUGGGAUCUGGAAGAACUUCGAUAUCUAAAUGUAUCUUUGUUUUCUCCUUUCCUACAACUACAAAAAUUGGACUUAGAUAGAAAUAAUAUAAGCGGCUAUGUUGAAAAUAAAGGUUUGAGUAAUUUGGAGUAUAUCAAUUUAAGUGGUAACAACCUCAGCAAUAUAAUAUUAUCAUCUUUGGGUGAUCUCUCUUUGUUGAAAUCUUUGUAUUUGAAUGAAAUUGGAUUGAAUGGAACUGUUGAUGUUGAAGGAUUAUAUUCCUUGAAGAACUUAAAGGAACUGGACAUGAGUGGUAAUAAGAUUGACCAAUUUGUAAACUCCAAAGAUUAUGGAGGCUUGAAGAACUUGAGUAUCUUUUAUCUAAAUGAUAUGGAAACUACUAAUGCAACUGCCCUUUUCCUAUCAACAUUGAUGUCAUUCUCCUCGAAGACGCUUUACCUUUCAUAUAAUAAUGCUACUCAAACAAAGAUUACUCAAGAGUUGCACAAUGUGACCAGCAGCUUGGAAGAAUUGUUCUUGGAUUCUAAUAAGCUCCAUAUAAACUUUCCAAAUAUUGUUAAAAUAUGUCCACUGAAAUAUUUGUCAAUAAGCUAUUGUGAGUUCAACGGCUUCUCAGAAAUUGAAGAGUUGCAGAAUUUGACCAACUUGGAAGAAUUGCACUUGGAUGGUUCUAAGCUCCCCAGAAGCUUUCUACAAUUUGUUGCACCUUUUACUUCACUAAAAGUUUUGUCAAUGAGCAAAUGUGAGUUCAAUGGCAUCCCGCAAGUUCAAGGUUGA